AUGCAACGACCACUGUUUAUGCAUAUCGUUGGCGCUUUGGAGAGUCGAUACGGGUAUUUCAGGGUACGGGAGGAUGCAGCGGGUAAACUCGGCCACACACCGAUUCAGAAGUGCACUGCCGCACUCAGGCAGUUGGCGUACGGAGGUGUGGCGGACAUGUUCGACGAGUACCUCCACAUCGGCGAGUCGAUAGCCUGCGACUGCCUGAAGUAUUUUUGUCAGGGCGUUAGGGAGAUAUUCGAGGAUAAGUAUCUUCGGAAGCCUACCCCCGAAGAUUUUCAGGCUCUACUGGAUAUGCACGGGGCUCAGCACGGCUUCUCGGGGAUGCUGGGCAGCAUAGAUUGUAUGCACUGGGAAUGGAAGAACUGA